AAAAUCGGUCAUAAAAUAUUUUGACGUUUCGUGUUUAGGGAGGAAAAAUUAACAAAAGUUAAGACGAUAAAAUGGAGUGCGGAAGUGGUUCUAGUUCUUCUGCCUAGUUACACAUGGAAAUAUUCUUGCCUUAAACGGUAAAGAUCAACAUUACCUUUGUGUAGCAAGAUAGUUUUUGACCGAAAAUUGUGCCUCAACGGAAAUUGAAUUGUGAAAAGUUUUGUAAAUAAUCGAGUGACGUAAAGUAUAUCUUGAACAGAUAAUGGCUGCAGCAAUUAUGGCGUCUGAUGGUGGUUAUGAUCCAGUUAUCUCUAAACUUAUAACAUCGCUUAAGGAGACGGACAACUUAUCUGAUGAACAGGAUCUUGGCUUCCUGCAGAAUUUGCUGCAAUCGAAAGAAUUGAACGCGCUCGUAAACGUACAUAGCAAGGUGGCCAAAAUCAACAAAGAUGAUCGGAUAGCGCCAUUACUGUCUGCUUCUAUGCAGGUUCUGAUGGAAGUUUUGGAAUUGUUAGCUCCAAGGUGCCAUAUUUCACCAAUCUGCAAAGAAAUGUUUCACCUACUACAAACUCCUCACUUACAGAGUGUUCUACUAGCACACGACGCAAUCGCGCAAAAAGACUUCUAUCCUCAUCUACCAGAUAUCCCGGUAGAAGUUGACGAAGACGAGGAAACCAUAAAAAUUGUUCAGCUAGUCAAAAGUAAUGAACCGUUGUGUGCUGGAGCACAAAGUGCGGAACCAAUUGUUGGAGCAACAAUUAAAACGGAUGAAGAAACUGGUAAAAUAAUCAUUGCACGAAUAAUGCACGGCGGGGCAGCUGAUCGUUCGGGAUUAAUUCAUGUUGGUGAUGAAGUGAUCGAAGUGAACAAUAUUAACGUGGAAGGCAAAACUCCUAGUGACGUGCUAUCAAUUUUGCAAAACUCGGAAGGUACUAUAACUUUUAAGUUGGUACCAUCAGACGGAAAAUUGGACCAACGUGAAAGUAAAGUCAGAGUAAAAGCAUAUUUCAAUUACGAACCGGACGGCGAUCCGUAUAUCCCAUGUAAAGAAGCUGGCUUGGGUUUCCAACGAGGAGACAUUCUGCAUAUAGUUUCACAGGACGAUUCAUACUGGUGGCAAGCACGUAAGGAAGGUGAAAAAACAACUCGCGCAGGAUUGAUACCUAGCAGAGCGUUGCAAGAGCGGCGUAUAUUGCAUGACCGAACGCAGAAAGAACCGGACGGCGAUACAAAAAAAGGUUCAUGCGCUUCUAUCUGUUCAACACCUCCCGGAUCACCCAAUUCGAAUAACCCAUGUAGAGGGCCCAAAACUAAGAAGAUUAUGUACGAUACAGCCGAAAACGAUGAUUUCGACCGAGAAAUGAUUGCAACCUAUGAAGAGGUAGCGAAGCUUUACCCUCGUCCCGGAGUCUUUCGUCCUAUCGUCCUGAUCGGUGCCCCCGGCGUUGGGAGGAACGAAUUGAAGCGGCGGCUUGUUGCCAGAGAUCCCGAAAAAUAUAAAAGCCCCGUACCAUACACUACUCGCCCUAUGCGCCCCGGAGAAGUGGCUGGUAGAGAGUAUUUAUUCGUUACACGGGAUAAAAUGGAAGCCGAUAUUGCGGCCGGCAAAUUCAUUGAGCAUGGUGAAUACAAAGGACAUCUAUACGGCACCGCAUCGGAAAGUGUGAAGGCAAUCGUUAAUGCCGGCUGUGUGUGUAUAUUAGGGCCACAUUAUCAAGCCUUGAAAUCACUGCGAACAGUUCAGCUUAAGCCGUAUAUUAUCCAUAUUCGACCGCCGUCGUUUGAAGAGCUCAAGAAAACUCGUACGAAAGCCCGCGCGCGCUCUACUUUUGAUGAAACUAAUUCAAGAGGAUUCUCGGAUGAAGAGUUCAACGAGAUGAUCCGAUCAGAUGAAAGGAUAAACUUCCUCUACGGACACUUUUGUGACGAUGAAAUCGAAAAUUGCGAGUUAACAGAAGCUUUCGAAAAGCUCGUUACUCUGGCGAACAAAUGCGAGUCCGAACCGCUAUGGGCACCAGCGAGUUGGGUACAGUGAAACUAAAGAUAAACAAAUCUUUGCUAUCUUUAAUAGUUUUUUUUAUAGAAUGAAACAAUUGUCAAAUAAAAUGCAUAACUUUAAAUUGACCUGUUAACAAAGACAAUCCUUGUCGUGUACGGAUUUCUUAUAGAUUGAGUUUUUUCGCCAUAGUUCAAUGCUAUGUUGCCAGAAUUAUAUCCAGCUGUGUUGUUGAAAGUUCAUCUGCUUAAAUAUUGUGCAAUGUGGAUUCGUUUUAUUUACUUCAAUAAAAGAUUAGUUCUUACAAGUUAACUUCAAUUCUAUAUAUGUUAUUGUGUUAUUGUUACUUGAUUUUAUCAUAACAUCGCCGGAAAAUGUACGCUACUUAACGUCCUAAACAACAAAUUUUGAUUCCGGCAAAAUUAAAAUGCACAUUAAGUUUCGCAAAUAAAGUGCUGGGUGGAAUGAUAAACUUGAAAAAUUGCCUGUGCUGAAAUCGAUACUACGAGUGUAGAAGCAACAGAAACAAUGAAGAAGGCCAGUUUUUAUAGAUGUUGUAUAUAAACGCAAAU